UAGCGACAUGUGUAGGUAUGUUUAAGCUGGUGUAAAGAUGACUUAAGAACUUUAAUAAUGCCAAUGGGGUAUGCAAGUAAUGAUUGCUGUUGUGAGGUAUAUCUGUGGACUUGCAGAAUUUCUGGCUUCAUAGCGGUACUAGUUCUCAGUGGUGCUGGUGUUGAAGCGAUAUACUAUGGACAUAGUUUGGGAAUAUAUUUACUUGUUAUUGCAUUUGUAAUAGCAGUGUUUGAGUCGGUGUUUGCUGUGAACUUUUGUGUAGCACUUGAUGUAGGACUUUGUGAAAAGGUGAAGGCUUUGAAAUUGUGGGAUGUCAUUCUGUGGUUAGACGACUGGAAGAAAGGAUUGUUUUACAUAUUGUUAGCUAUUCCAUGUUUUAUACAGCCACACAAAGUCCUGCUUGCUCUUAUUUCAGGUUGUUUAGUUUUCAUUAGUGGGAUGUUUUAUAUGAUUAAAACUUUCAAGACUCGGAGAGAAAAGCGACUAGAGAUGUUAUCACAGAAAGAAUCUUAUGAUAGAUUCGAAGAUCUGCAAGAUGACAUGAUAGAAGAUGACAUCAUCAAUCCAAACACAGAACAGCCAAUGAGUGUUGCUGAUCAGUCUGAAAUCUUGGAAGUCUGACAGGACAGCCAAUCAGCAUUGAUUAGCAGUCUGGAGUCUGUCAUGAUGGCCAAUCAAUGUCGCCGAUCAUCCUAAAGGUCAAGAUCAUAAUACGCUAGACAUAAAGCCAGACAAAAUUUGUUUAGCCAAGUUGUAAUCAAAUAUCAUUAAUAUGGUUUCAUUUCUAGUAAAGGCUUUUUCAUUUUUGGAAAUAUUACUAAAAAUCUUGCAUUAAAAUUGCUCUUGACAAAUGCAGCCUUCAAUAGAGAUGUCAUUUGUGGGUGGGGUUUUUUCCAAAAUAGAAAAUAUGCAUAAACCUAAGUCUUAGGCUUUUAUAAUAUUUGAUAACUAUUGAAGGUAGUCUUAGUUUUUUGCAGAUUUAUAAUCUGGAACAAAAAUGGCUAAGUCUUGCAAUAAUCUGGGUUUCAAGUUAUUAUUAGGUCACAAAUGAGGUCAUGUUAGAAACAAUAUGAAAUGGCCAUUCCUGUUUUUAAAAUAUUGAAAUGUUUAGCAUAGUUGUUUUGCAACAAACUUUGCUAGUUGAAAUGAAAGCAAAAAUAGAAAUAACACAUGCUGUUGGUUUUUAUUAAAGUAGAACAUUAUAGUGACACAGUUUAUUAUGGUCUUGACCUUUAAGAAACAUCUGUACAACACUUCUGAUCUGAUAAAAGGAAGUCAUGUAAAUCAGGAAAUGUUAGUGAAUUUUAGCGUGGUCAUACAAGACGCUAAUAUUUCAUGAUGCUAAAUUUAAAGAGACGUACAACAGACUGUUCCAAAAAAAAUUGUGAGAUUGUUUUGUCUGUGAUUAAGUGAAGGCACAACAAUGGUUACAUAUUAUUGAUUGAACCAAAAGGAUAUCAAAUAACACGAGUUAAUUAGCAAGCACAUUACUGCAAUUUUCUACUAAAUUCAAGAUGUCUGUAAGCUACAUAAUAUAAAAAAUAAAUAUUUCAGCUAACUCUAAAACUUAAGCUUAUUCUUUUUCUAUUUUCUGAUAUGAUGACAUCGCUAAAGUUCUAUAUCUAAUAUGUUACUUAUUUGGAUUUCGCUAACUUUUAAGAUUGCUAAUAUUUUAUGAUUUACAGUAAUUGAUAUUUUUAUAGAAAAAAAUAUUUCUUGUUUUAAUGUGUAUACAUGUAUGUGUCUUGUUUGGUUUCCACACUGUUUAGUCCAAAAACUUAAAUGGAUUCACUUCAAACUUUUAAUUCAGAUAGGAUACUUAAAAAACAACUACAUUUUAGGGUCAGAUGCUCAAAGAUCAAAUUGACUGGGAUAGUGAUUCUGAACACUGUUUUAAGUUCAACAUUUCAUGUUAGUAGUGGUGUUCCAACUCCACUCUGUUGUUUUUAUAUUUGACAUGUAAAAUAUUUUAUUUCAAAGAGUGAAUAGCAUUCUACAUGUAAUGUUUUAUAAGUGUGUAGUGUAUGUACACAUAGAUAUCUUACUCUUAGCCCCCCGUUACUGAGAUAUUCCACUGACUAUAGUUUAGUCUUAGUUGAAGAUGACUGACAAUCAUGUAUAGUUCAUUCAUCUUAGAUUUUGUUCUCAUAUAUGUGUUCAGAAGUACAUGUUUGAUCAAAUUUUAAUAUUUGAAAUUUAGUUGUGAGUCAUCUGACCUUGCUGGUUUUACUUAAUUCUAAGGUUGCUCAGAUUUCUUUAUUUAAAUUAUUCUAGCCUGUGUUUUUCGGUUCAUGGGGAAAGUCUUCUGACCAUUUUGUGAGCUGUAAAAUAUGUUUUUUCUUCUUUCUUUUUUUAAUUUUUUUUUUAUAUGUAUGUGACAAUUAAAAAUGUUUGUGUAUAUGGCUGGAAGAGCUGUAGGUAUAACUUUAAAAAUAUCUUUUUCUUCUGAAAUACAUAAUUAUAUACUUUUUGAUUUGAAAUAACAAUGGUUUUGUGUGUUGUGACAUACAAUAGCAUUCUCUACUUGAUAUAAUUGGAUGAGAGGUGUGUGUAUGCAAUAGUGUGUUAUAAUUAAUAUGAUAGGACAGUUGUAUGUGUGUGUGUGUGUGUGUGUGUGUAUGCAAUAGUGUGUUAUAAU